AUGGUGGCAAACGUGGAGCACGGGCACAGUGAACACUGUGAGCACGGUCAUAUCCCGUCCGCAGACAUGACGAAACUGCGGUUUUGGAAAGAAUGGGUCGCACAGCACCAUGCGCUUAUGCAUAUAUAUGGUGAGCAGGAGUGGUUUCAACGUUUGUUGAAUAAUGUACAGGACGAGACAGUACCGCAAAACGGCCAAGCACCUAUAGUGGAAAACGACUUAGAAGUGGAAAAAGUCACGGCAGCAGAAGAUAUAUUAAGCGUGAGGGCUGUUCCACGCACGCAACUGCAUCCGCAAUCUUACAUGCAACAACCGUUAACCGCUAAAACAUGUAUACUGCUCCUGGCAUUAAUCAUAGAAGAGUGCGAGCUCGAAUGUCGUUUGCAGGAGAAGGAGUUAUAUGUGGAUGCUCUAUUGCAAACGUGUUCAAAUUAG